AUGCCAAGGAGCGAAGGUCUAGGUCUCGAUCCGCCCCAUGACAUAUAUCCUCCUGUGUCUGGAACGAAUGAGCCCAGUCCUGAGGGUGACAACCCUUUGCACUCCGUCGUGCAUAUGACGGAUUCGCCUGUGGCACAGCCUCCUAGCAUGAACAUGGUCAUGUCAAGAGGCGAUAUGCUAAACACACCUCAGGGUGCUUACUAUGGUCAUGAUGGAAUGGUAACCUCUCCUAGCUCUCCUAUCAUAACUGCUGGAAAUGGUACACCCAAAGAGCUUUAUGGGGGCUACCAACGGCGCUCACGCGUCGUGGUUCCUAUGACGACUCUUGAUCCUGAAGGUGUCACUGAACUUUCUCGCCGUCUCUCUACGGGACCACGGCGACGGUCAGCAUGGUCAAACAGCUUUUACGAUCAAUCUCAGUCGUUCGGCAUGGAUCCAUCUUUCUCUUCCAAGUCCCACCUGGCUAUGGGAGCAGCCUCGCCGAUGUGUUCUUCUCCUUACCCUGACGCGCGCACAUCCCCGUCAGGAAUUGAUGCAACUACAACAGAACAUGGAACAUUUGAUCCGUUUGAUGAGAACAAUAAGUUCGACCUCUCGUAUCUAUUGCAUGAAAUAUAUGCCGAGAUGGACCAACGUGGUAACGAACGGCGGUCUAUGGGCAUCGCGUUUCGGGAUCUUCGCGUCACAGGGUAUGGGACAGGUGCUCAGCUGAACGAAACAUUUGGUUCGCUUCUUCUCGCACCCCUUCGUAUCGUCUCGGGCGUAAGGAACAUGAUGCACCGUCCCAUCAAAACGAUUCUCCAGGAUGUCGAAGGAUGCGUCAAACCAGGUGAGAUGCUUCUCGUUCUGGGUCGCCCUGGAAGUGGGUGUACAUCUCUGCUCAAAGCACUCGCAUCCUAUCGUGAUGGAUUCCGAAGUGUCGAUGGCACUGUCCUCUACGAGGGUCUUGAUCACCGCAGCAUCGAUGGACCCUUGCGGGGCGAUGUAGUAUAUUCGCCCGAAGACGAUGUGCAUUUCCCUACCUUGACUGUCGGUCAGACACUUAGGUUCGCCUCAGCAACGCGUGCGCCGAACUCCAAGUACCGUAUUACUCUGGGAGAAACGGGUGAUCGACAGGAAUACGUCGAUGGCACACGGGAGGUGCUGGCGACUGUUCUGGGUUUGCGUCAUACCUACAAUACCAAGGUCGGUAAUGACUUGAUACGUGGUGUUUCCGGCGGUGAGCGAAAACGUGUAAGCAUUGCCGAGGCAAUGGCUGCUCGUGCGAAGGUCGCGCUGUACGACAACUCAUCGCGUGGUUUAGACUCAUCGACGGCGCUGGAGUUCGUCCAGGCUCUCCGCAUCCAAACAAAUAUUGCUGACUGCACGACAAUUGCGUGUAUUUAUCAAGCAGGUGAAAAUAUCACGCAACUCUUCGACAAAGUGGCCUUGUUGAACCAGGGUCAUCUUGUAUACUUUGGGCCAGUUGCACUGGCUGUGGACUAUUUCAAGUCUAUUGGUUUCGAGCCGCUUGAUCGCCAGACGACAGCCGACUUCUUAGUGGCUUGCACAGACCUCGCCGGUCAGAAUGUCAACCCGGACUUCCGCGGCCCUAUACCACGAAGCCCUGAGGAGCAGGCAUUGGCCUUCCGCCAAUCUUGGGUUGGCACUGCGAACCACACCGAGGUUGAAAACUAUAUCGCUUCUAUGAUGGCUCGUCAAACAAAGCAAAAUGCUGAUCACUACGUAAAACUGGCGCGUGACGAGCGCGCGAAAUAUUCAUUCCACAAUAGUCGAUAUUUGCUGUCUUGGCCGAUGCAGGUGCGUUUGGCCAUUCAGCGUCGUGCUCAAGUUGCGAUGGGUGAUUUGGGAACACAUAUCACUGUCAUUUUUGCCGCUCUCUUCCAGGCCCUGAUCAUCGGCUCUGUAUUCUAUCAGAUGCCACAAAACACGUCGGGCUUUUUCUCACGUGGUGGUGUGCUUUUCUUCUCGCUUCUUUACAACUCGUUUACUGGUAUGUCGGAAAUUUCACUCUGCUAUGAACAACGUCCCAUUGUGAUCCGACAGAAGCGAUUCGCCAUGCUCCAUCCUUCGGCUGACGCACUUGGCAAUACUCUGCUUGAUUUCCCUAUUCGCGCUAUAUCCAUUUUCGUGUUCGAUAUCAUUGUGUAUUGGCUCACUGGAUUGAGUGCAGAUGCCGGCAAGUUCUUCACGUACUUGGGCAUGACGGCACUUGUCACGUACUGUAUGACAUCCUUUUUCCGAAUGGUCGCAGCGUGCACUAAGUCCGAACCUCUGGCUACAACAUUCGGUGGUUUGGCCGUCUUAGAUGUUGCUCUGUACACUGGUUAUAUGAUUCCUCGCGGGUCGAUGAAACCGUGGUGGAUCUGGCUCUCGUAUUGCAACCCUGUCGCAUUUGGAUUUGAGGUCUUGCUGGCUAACGAAUACCGCGGUAAAUUCUUUGAGUGUGUCCAAAUGAUCCCGCCCGGCAAAUCUGUCGAAAAUCAGGUUUGUCCUGUAAUGAGUGCCAAACCUGGACAACCGAACGUGAGCGGCGAAGACUACUUGUCGGAAAUGUAUGGAUUCUCCUGGCACAACCGUAUACGAAACUUUGUCAUUAUUUUGGCUUUCUGGAUUGUAUUCAUCCUUUGCUUCUUGUAUGCAUCUGAUCACCAGGUGGAUCCAGCUGCGAUUGGUGGUGAAUUGCAAUUUGAGCGCUCGAAAGCAAAGAACAAAAAUCUCUCAGCGCCUACGAAUGACCAGGAAAAGACACUCGAGGAAGGCAAGCCGCUCGAGCCGCAAGACUUGUCUGAAGCUCCAGCGGUCGGUAGAACUGGCGGCACGAUCAAAGUGUCUGAUGCCAUUUUCAGUUGGGACAAUAUCACAUACGAUGUGCUCAUAAAAGGGAAGCCUCGUCGCCUGUUGAAUCAUGUGUCUGGCUAUGUGGCCCCGGGCAAAAUGACGGCACUCAUGGGUGAAAGUGGUGCUGGUAAAACGACCCUGCUCAACGUGCUUGCUCAGCGAACGGAUGUUGGUGUAGUCGGCGGUGAUUUCUUCGUCAAUGGCAAGCCACUACCUCGCUCUUUCCAAGCUGACACUGGAUACUGUCAGCAGCAGGACGUGCACCUAGCGCAACACACUGUGCGUGAGGCACUGCAGUUCUCUGCGAUGCUUCGACAGCCCCGUGAAACGCCCAAAGAAGAGCGCUUGGAGUAUGUGGAGACAGUCAUUCGUCUAUUGGAGAUGGAGCAAUUUGCUGAUGCCAUUGUCGGUGAGGUCGGCGAAGGCCUGAAUGUCGAGCAACGAAAGCGUCUCACGAUCGGCGUCGAGCUGGCGGCGAAGCCGAGUCUUUUGCUUUUCUUGGACGAGCCGACGUCUGGUCUGGACGCACAAGCAGCCUGGUCGAUUGUGCGUUUCUUGAAGAAGCUGGCGUCUGAGGGUCAAGCGAUUCUGUGUACGAUCCACCAGCCGAGUGGAGAGCUGUUCAAUCAGUUUGACCGAUUGCUUCUGUUACAGAAGGGGGGUAAAACAGUUUACUUUGGUGAUCUGGGCCCGAACUCUAUGACACUCGUCAACUACUUUGAGCAGCGUACUUCGAUGAAGUGCGGUGAGAAUGACAACCCCGCUGAAUACAUUUUGGAUGUCAUUGGCGCUGGUGCCACGGCAACCACCGAUAAGGAUUGGCAUGAGUUAUUUCUGCAGAGCGAACUCUUUACGGCGCUGCGAAGAGAUCUUGAUGAAAUUUAUCGGACGAGGCGCCAGAUUGCAGACAGCUCGUCGAGCAAACAUGCCCGGGAGUAUGCCCAGCCGUUCCCUGUACAACUGUAUGAAGUGACGAAGCGGGCCUUUAUUUCCUACUGGCGGAACCCUUUGUAUCUAUACACAAAAAUGAUGCUUAAUGUUGUGUCUGGCCUGGUUGUGGGCUCGAGUUUCUGGAAGGAAGGAAAGCGCAACUCGUACAUUGCACUCCAGAACCGCCUCUUCGCUUGUUUUUUGGCUCUCGUGGCGUCGACGUCAUUGUCGCAGCAUCUGCAGCCAGAGUUUAUUCGGUUCCGAGGUCUCUUUGAAGUGCGUGAGAAGCCGUCGAAAAUGUAUACAUGGCCUGUGAUGGUCCUUAGCGCACUCUUAGUCGAGAUUCCAUGGAACAUUGUGGGUGGAACUAUCUACUGGAUCCCUUGGUACUAUCUUAUCCAGUUUCCAUUUGAAUCAAAGCGGUCUGGUUAUAGCUGGGGCUUGUACAUGCUAUUCCAACUGUACUAUUGUACAUUCGCUCAGGCAAUGGCUGCCAUCAGUCCCAAUGCCAUGAUUGCGUCCAUUCUCUUUUCUACCUUCUUUUCGUUCGUGGUCGUGUUCUGUGGUGUCGUCCAACCACCACCACAGUUGCCAUAUUUCUGGCGCUCCUGGAUGUUCCAGCUGAGCCCAUUUACGUGGAUUAUGGAGGGCAUUUUGGGUAAUGCGAUUGGUGGGGCUCAGGUGCAUUGCGAAGCAGACGAAAUGCAAGUUGUUCGACUUCCGCCUGGUGCAACAUGUCAAUCUCACAUGGAGCCAUUUUCGCGCCCGCAGUCCAGCGAUCCCCGCGGAAAUGGCUACUAUGUUGAUAACAAUGACGGGACUUGCUCAUUUUGUCUGUAUCGCUAUGGUGAUGACUAUCUCGAGACUGUGAUGAUGGAUGCGAGCAAUAAGUAUCGAGACCUCGGUAUCAUCGUGGCAUACAUUGCCUUUAAUACGGCACUUUUAUUUACGCUUUUCUGGCUAUUCCGCAUCUUCAAGUUUGGAAAAAACAGGCAGGGCAAGAAGAAGAUAAUGCCAGCGCCUGGUCCCGAGGCCAAUAUGCCGAUUCCAUCCUCGACGAUGCAGGUGGAAGCUCCUGCGAUGGCUGUGAAUGUGCCUCAUGUUGUUGGCGCAGGUCUCACAAAUUUCAUGAGCGAAUCAUCACAGCAUCCGAAUCAGCACGAGGAUCUUAGUUCUCGACACGACGCUGCAACAGACAUAUCUCAUGGAACGUAUCGUCAAGCAGAUAUGGCGACGUCCAAGACGCAACUUAUGGGUGACGAAUCCCCGCAAAUGGACCAUGGAGAUUUUUUGUCUGGCGAGCCAGCAAUGACGUCUCAUCCUCUGGAGUCUCCACAACGACGGCCGCACAGAAAUCUUGACUCACUCUACUUGGACCCGCCCAUGAAUGAGGCACCGUAUGUUGAGGAAGAUCAUAAUGAUGGUGUGGAGACUCAAGAUGAUACGGAUCAGCAUGUACCUCGGCGUCAUAAGCCCUCAGGCCGCAGAAGCCAAUAUCGGAGUGCCAAGUCACGGCGCCGCCGUCGAGGUUCGAGAGAUCAUGGCGAGACGCUAAGGACACCGUCUGGCUAUUCGUACUAUUAUGAUGCUACUUCGGAACCCUACGACGAUCCCGAGCAGCAUUAG